CUUCCGCGUACCUUGCCUUCUUAGGCAUAACAAUGAUGUCGUUGUUGAACAAUGCGCAUAGUAUAAGAGGUAAGGAGGUGAACCCAAGCUACGUCUAAGCAUCUCGCAUGCACAUCCCUCGUUUUCGCAUUCUAUCUUGUACACCCAACUAUCAUCAUGUCAGCUCCCAAAGUCCUCAUCUCAGGCUCAGGCAUCGCCGGCGGUGUCUUCGCCUUCUGGCUCCUGCGAGCCUACCGUAAUGCUCAGAUUACCAUGGUCGAGCGUGCACCUUCCUUCCGUCUAACGGGUGCAAGCGUAGACAUACGCAGCUCAGCCAUCGACAUCAUCAAAUGGAUGGGCGUCAUGGAGGAAGUUCGCAAGAACUCGACGAAUGAAAAGGGCGUGCAGAUGGUGCAUUCGAAUGGCAAGCCUAUUGCCACUCUUGCGGCGACUGGGAAUGAGAAUAUGCAGAGCAUUACUUCCGAGUACGAGAUUUUUCGCGGAGCAUUGGCUAAGAUCUUCAUCGAUCCUGUUGUGGACCAGUUGGAUCUCAGAUUUGAUGAGACCGUAGAUCACUACGAGCAAGUGGAUGACGGGGUUUUGGUCACGCUCGCGAAAAGCAAGAAAACCGAGAAGUACGACUUGCUUGUCGCCGCAGACGGCCUUGGUUCACGAAUCCGUGGCCAGAUGCUGAAGUCCAAACCCAAGGAGCAGCUUUGGGACGAAGGCGUGCACGUCGCUUACUUCACCAUCAAUAAGGACUUACUGCAGGGCUCAAAGUUCGCCAAGCAGCAUAAUGCGGUUGGUGGACGAUGUAUGCUCAUACGCCCGGACCCGCACCCGGAUGGCCGUGUUCGUGCCAUGUUCAUGAAUAUCACCACGAAGAAGCAAACGGAGAUGAAGAAGAGACUCAACGAUGCCUUAGCUGAAGGGAAUGAGGCCUAUAUGAAGCUAAUGGAGGAACUCUUCCACGACGCUGGCUGGCUUGCUUCAGAAUUGCUCAAAGGCAUGCGUGAGAGCGAUGACUUCUACGCCUCGCUUUUCGCGCAAGUCAGAGCGCCCAAGCUGCAAGACGACCGGGUAGUUCUGCUCGGCGAUGCGGGAUAUGCUACUCCGGGGAUGGGUACGAGUCUGGCGAUCAUGGGCGGCUAUGUUCUCGCGGGGGAGAUGCUUGAGCAUCCCGGCGACGUGCGGAUUGCGUUGGAGAACUAUGAGAAGAUCAUGACGCCUUUUGUCAAGUCGCAACAGGGUGGGCUGGAGAGUGCGAUGCAGUUUGUUAAUCCGCAGACUGAGUGGGGUAUCAGUAUGCGGAACGCGGUUAUGGGCUUCAUGACCGGGUCGGGACUGCUUCAGCUUGGCAUGUGGGUGGCGUCGAAGAUUGGCUUUACUGAGAAGAAGCUUGACAUGCCGGAUUAUAAGUGGCCUGGACGAGAGAGUGCGAAGGCGAUGUAGCGUGUGAGCGAGAGCAAAACCUCGGCGGUCCCACAAUGCAAUCGACUCGAUUGAGCAAGCUGGGACUGAGGCUCGGCAGGGCGCCUCGCUCCACAAGGGAGAUAAUAUCCCAGAUUCUGCAGGAGAGACGUGUUUGUAGUACUUUGAGCGUGGAGUAGGGGACAAACUCGACUUCCUCGUGUUUAGGUUAGGCGCUUAGGCCAUCGCACCUAAUCGUUAGCGUCGAAGCUUGCUAUUGAAGUACACUUCAGGACAAUAGCAAGCACCAACUUCUUACAUCCA